CAGAGGAGGUAACGCUGAGGGAAGAGGCGGCGGCCGCACUGCACUCGGGGAGACGGAGGAGGAGAAGGGAGGGGAGAGGAGGAAGAAGGAGAGGAAGGAGCGGUGGCUCUCGGCGGAUCCUGGUGGCUCCCGGGAUCAGACGGGAAUCUCCAGUUCAUUGCUUGCUGAGUGUUCUGUCUGGUGGAAGUCAUGUCAGCCAUAUUGCCAUUCACUCCACCAGUUGUGAAGAGACUUCUGGGGUGGAAAAAAUCKGCUGGUGGCUCUGCAGGGGCUGGUGGUGGUGAGCAGAAUGGUCAGGAGGAAAARUGGUGUGAAAAAGCAGUGAAAAGCUUGGUCAAGAAGCUAAAGAAAACAGGACAGCUGGAUGAGCUUGAGAAGGCAAUUACCACUCAGAAUUGCAAUACAAAAUGUGUGACAAUACCAAGCACUUGCUCUGAAAUUUGGGGACUGAGUACACCAAACACGAUAGAUCAGUGGGAUACAACAGGCCUUUACAGCUUCUCUGAACAAACCAGAUCUCUUGAUGGCCGUCUGCAGGUGUCUCACCGCAAGGGAUUGCCACAUGUCAUUUACUGCCGCCUGUGGCGCUGGCCAGACCUCCACAGCCACCAUGAACUUAAGGCAAUUGAAAACUGUGAAUAUGCUUUUAAUCUUAAAAAGGAUGAAGUAUGUGUAAACCCAUACCACUACCAGAGAGUGGAGACACCAGUCUUGCCUCCCGUGCUUGUGCCGCGGCACACUGAGAUCCUAACGGAGCUGCCACCUCUGGAUGACUAUACUCAUUCCAUUCCUGAAAACACUAACUUUCCAGCGGGGAUUGAACCACAGAGCAAUUACAUACCAGAAACACCUCCUCCAGGAUAUAUCAGUGAAGAUGGAGAAACAAGUGACCAGCAGCUGAACCAAAGCAUGGAUACAGGGACACCUUCCACUACCCCAGGUUGCUCCAAGCCCUGUCCAACCUGGCCUUGGGCACUUCCAGGAUCUCCAGCAGAGCUGUCUCCUAGUACUCUAUCUCCAGUAAAUCAUAGCCUGGACUUGCAACCAGUUACUUACUCGGAGCCUGCGUUUUGGUGUUCAAUAGCAUAUUAUGAAUUGAAUCAAAGAGUGGGAGAAACCUUCCAUGCGUCUCAGCCUUCCCUGACUGUAGAUGGCUUUACAGAUCCAUCAAAUUCAGAGCGAUUUUGUCUAGGUCUGCUUUCCAAUGUAAACAGAAAUGCUACAGUGGAAAUGACAAGGCGACAUAUAGGCAGGGGAGUGCGUCUGUAUUACAUUGGUGGAGAAGUUUUUGCCGAGUGCCUGAGUGAUAGUGCGAUCUUCGUUCAGAGCCCCAACUGUAAUCAAAGAUACGGCUGGCAUCCUGCAACUGUGUGCAAAAUUCCACCAGGAUGCAAUCUAAAAAUCUUUAAUAACCAAGAAUUUGCUGCUCUUCUGGCUCAAUCUGUGAAUCAGGGCUUUGAAGCAGUUUAUCAGCUUACUAGAAUGUGUACCAUAAGAAUGAGCUUUGUUAAAGGAUGGGGGGCUGAAUACAGGCGGCAGACGGUAACAAGCACUCCUUGCUGGAUUGAGCUCCACCUGAACGGGCCCCUACAGUGGCUGGACAAAGUAUUGACUCAGAUGGGCUCCCCCUCAGUUCGCUGCUCCAGCAUGUCCUAAAACUCUCCUCUGUCAUCAGUGGGCUAAAAAUUGAGUCCAAUCAACAGACUUAAUAUAACAGCUCGUCUGUCGUAGUAUUUGUGUGUGGUCCCCAUGAACUGUUUACUAUCUAAAAAGAUUUUUUAAAAAGAAAAAAAAAAAAA